CCGCAACUCCACCACACAAGCACCGGCCAAAGCCUGAAAUGAUGGCACGCAAAUUACUGUAAUCAAUGACCCCAAGACCUGAAUGGCCUUCAGGAUCAGAUUGAACAUUCCGGGCAACUCACACGGGGAACAAGGAGGAGCCACAGUUAUGGCUGUUGUCCAGCUCGUCCGCUCCCUGAUCGGUCAACUUCUUGCCCCUGCUGCUGCCUUGAUGGUGGCAUACUGGGUCGGGCGAAGUAUAUACAAUGUCAAUCUCCACCCGCUCUCAAAGUACCCCGGUCCAAGGCUUGCCGCUAUUUCUGACCUUUGGUGGGCUUAUGCAUGCACGAGUGGGAGAUACCCAUGGUUGAUUGAGGAUACCCUACGAAAAUACGGCGAUGUUGUGAGAAUUGCCCCAAAUGAACUUGUAUUCAUAAACCCUCAAGCAGCACAAGACAUUUACUUGGCACAAGAGAAGAGUCUGGAGACAUUUGUCCAAGUCGGAUAUGAUGCUCUUGAUACUGGUGAUGGAGGUAUCUCUGGAGAGGCCAAUCCUGUGAGGCAUCGUGAAGUCGCCAAGAAACUUGCCCCUGCGUUCAGCGCCCGGAAUUACAAGGCCAAAGAAGGUACUAUUCAUAAACACCUCGACUUCUUUGUCGAAAAGGUGAAAGAACUUGGAGCGAUCGGCCAGCCCAUCGAGUUGCGGCGUUGGUCUGAUUGGCUCGCUCUGGACAUGUCGGCAGAUUUGACAUAUGGUCGAGAUAUGGGCCAGGUGCGGGAUAUGAAGGAUUCAUUGUUCAUGGCCUCGGCCCUCAAACUCAAUCUCUUCGUCACAAUGAGCCAGGUGGUGAGGAAAUUCCGCUCAGGCCUCUUCACCCUGUUGCCGUAUCUCACAAUUCCUCCGACGGUCUGGCCCGCGAUGCCAUUCUUGAUCAAGAUGAACAGCGAGAUUGUGCAGGAUCGUAUCGGCCGGCGAGGGGAGCUGGACCACCUGGACUACUUUGAGCAGCUGAUCCCGUCUGACACCGGGACACCGGUCCCUGACGACAAGAAGCACAUCUUUCAUCUGGAAAAUGUGGCUGGCAACCUUCUUCUCGCCAGCUGGCAGCCCCUGGCGGACCAGUUCUACUCGUUGAUCUUUUUCCUGCUCCGUGAUCAAGAUUCAAAGGCUUAUGAAGCCUUGGUGGAGGAAGUGAGGUCGGGUUUUGCAGAGUACGAAUCCAUCGAUACGGAAGCAUUGAGUACGGCCAAGUUCAGAUUUCUGCAAGCCUGUGUAUCCGAAAGCCUUCGGCUCCACCAGGCGACUACGGAUGGACUUCCACGCAUAAGUCCAGGAGCUGUUGUUGACGGACAGUAUAUUCCAAAAGGCGUUACCUGCCAGAUCAGUUACUUCGCAGCAGUGAGGAACGAUCGCUUCUUUACCGAACCAAGAGAGUUUCGGCCGGAAAGGUGGCUAUCCAACGACCCCAAGCACCCACAGUUCGACAGCAGAUUCAAGGAUGACAAUCUGAAAGUGUCGAGGCCGUUCAGUCAGGGGCUCAGGGGAUGCCCUGGCGGCGUUAUCGCCCAAAACGUGAUCAGGCUGUUCAUCGCGAAGGUUCUGUGGCAGUUUGAUCUCGAGGCAGCUCCAGGGAUCAAGGACCUGUCUUUCGACAAGGACUUCAGGUUUCUUACCUUUUGGGAGAGGCCACAGUUUUGGCUUCGCUUCAAGCCUGUCCCGAGGCGAUAAGAGAUGACUACAUAGAGCGCUCGUCUUAUCUCGACCCUUGAAACAAUUCUGAUAGGUCACAACGAUCAGUUCGAAGUAAGAGGAUCGCAGUGGCCUAGGCUUCGAAAUGAUUCAGGAGACCAUAGAU